UUGACCUUUGCGGGCGCCGUUUGUGCGUGAUCAUGAGCCAGGCGUGAAAGCGCCUCUCCAGAGCUGCGCGCAGCCACGCUGUCUCCAUGAUUCCCGAAAAUGUAGCCGCUGCUGCAAAUAAUUGCGAAAUAAACGCAGUAAUGGAGUGGCUGGCCGCGCACCCGCAGUCCGUGAACGACGUCGACUCCGGGGGAGAGUCGCUACUCGUACUGUGCGUAAAUGAAAGCUACGACGGAAUUGAGACUAACCAAGACGACCAGCUCGAACUGGUCCGCUACCUUUUGAGUCAAGGGGCGGACCCAAAUCUCAGCAGUGGUUCGGACGACGAGACGCCAUUGUAUGCGUCCUGUGGUUCAGGCCGUGCACACCCUUUUCCUCACGCCCAACUACUUGUAGCUUGUUUGCUCCGCGCCGGCGCCGACCCAAACCUGAAGGUUGCCGAAAAUGCCCCUCUCUUCUCCGCGCUCGACUGUUUCCUCGGAGCAGACGAAGGAUCAUGGAUCCUUCCCGUCGUCGCGCAUUUGCUGCGAUACGGCGCGUCGCUGGACAAUUGCGAAGGGAACCGGUCGGCUGAGGAGGUGAUGCAGAGGAGGAGCGGCGUUGGCCCGAGUUGGUCCAGGGAAACCUGGAAUUUCAAGCUGCUGCGAUUCUGAUCCGAGGCGUACGCGCCGCGGGCUCGUGGAAAAAAUAUUGCCGGAGAUGGGGCGCGCACCGCGACAUCCUGAGGCUUCGGAGCCUCGUGGUUCGCGGCCGCGGUACGACGAGUGACACAUGGCUCGCUGGCAUGGUCCGACUGAAGGAGAACGGCCUCGUCUGGAAGGUCCUGUCGUUCUGGCGCGAUCCCGACGACAUCGAGGAGGUCGUCCUUCCGCCGGAUGAAGAGUGGCCGGAACCCUAUUUUGUGAGAGUGUAUUAAGAGUGUAUGACUAGUAAACCGAAUG